AAGUUCCUCACGCGCCCAUCGUUAGCCAGAACCAACCCCGAGCCCGAAGAAAAAAAAAACACAAGAAAAUAAUACACAACUGGCGACGGUGGAGCAGGUUCGCAGAGUUCUGAUCCCUGGCUAAUCCUCCGGGAGUUAUGGCCGGCGACAUGUCCAUCGGCUGUGCGGCACUAAAGCGUUCCAGCAAGCUGAGGUCCUGCACCAGUGCCGCCGACACGGAUUCGAUGCAUUUGCCCAGCGACCACAAGGAGAAUGGCAACCUGGUGAAAACGCCUCCAGUUCCGCCCCAGAACAUGCGGGGCGGCCUGCGAGUCUACAAGAUCGUGAUCCUGGGCGACGGGGGCGUGGGCAAGUCUGCUGUGACCCUGCAGUUCGUGAGCCACAGUUUCCUGGACUACCACGACCCGACAAUUGAGGACUCCUACCAGCAACAGGCUGUCAUCGACAACGAGGCCGCUCUGCUUGAUAUCCUUGAUACCGCCGGCCAGGUGGAGUUCACGGCCAUGCGGGACCAAUACAUGCGCUGUGGUGAAGGUUUCAUUAUAUGCUACUCGGUCACCGACCGCCACAGCUUUCAGGAGGCAUCCGAAUACCGGAAGCUUAUCACACGAGUGCGUCUCUCGGAGGACAUUCCACUGGUACUGAUCGCCAACAAGGUGGACCUGGAGUCGCAGCGCCGCGUGACCACCGAGGAGGGCAAGAAUUUGGCCAACCAAUUUGGUUGCCCCUUCUUCGAGACGUCGGCUGCACUGCGUCACUACAUCGAUGAAGCGUUCUACACGCUGGUCCGUGAAAUCCGGCGCAAGGAGAUGCAGAAAGCGCUGGGCACGGACUCCAGCUCGGAGAAGAUUCAUACGCGCCAUCGCAGCCGCUGGUGGCGCAUCCGCUCCAUCUUCGCACUGGUGUUCCGUCGCCGGCGAAACCUCAACUAGGCCAAGGUGUCCAGAUUUCUUAUUGAACGAGUGCAAUAUUAUAAUUUUUUUUUGUUCGCUGUAUGUUAAG